AUGAAACAAGCUCUAGCAGCAGUGAUCCAAACACAGCAGACUGUGCUGGCAGCAGUGGGAGAAGAUACUGAAUUGAGCUGUCAGCUCUUGGAGACUAAAGACGUCCUUCAGGUCACAUGGCAGAAAAUCUCACAUGAUGGGGAGAAGAAUGUUGCCACAUACAACAAGCAGUUUGGUCAGAGAGUGAAUGAUGGCUUUAAAGAUAAAGUUGGGUUUAAAUAUCAUGGACUACAGAACUGCUCCAUAGUCAUCAGGAAUGUGACGGAGCAGGAUGAAGGAUGCUAUCACUGUCUGUUUAUCACUUAUCCUGAAGGCUCCUUCACCGGUAGAACCUGCCUCCAAGUCUAUGAGCUGCAUGAACCUGUUGUUGAUGUCAGACAGUCAAACUCUACUGAAGAGUGGGUUGUUUCCUGUUCAGCCACUAGUCGACCUGCUCCCACUGUAACACUCAGUGUCUCACAACAAGACCUCAACUUCUCACAGUACAACACUGUCAAUGUGUCCAACACCAACUCUACAUUCACUGUCACCACUUCAGCUGUGCUCUCAGGUUCACGUAAACACAGCACACAGGUGGGAUGUGCAGCACGAGUGCUCUCUGCUCCUCACAGAGAGGUGAUGGUGAUGAUUCCUGAGGUGCAGCAGGUGUUUGCUGCUGCUACUGCUGAUCAUAAUGAUUCCACCUCAGUGAUUGUAAUAGCUACAAUAGCAGGACUGACGGUUUUUGCUUUAGUAGCUGCUCUCAUUGCACUCCUGCUUGAAGAAAAAGUGGACAGCAAGGACAGCAAGCAGUCCUCUGCCCUUGAAGAAAAGACAUCUGCCCAAGAUGAAGAAACUUCCUCUCCAGAAGAUGAGGGGCCAAUCUCCAAAGAACCUGACUGUAUCACCACUGAUGAAGAGGACUAG